AUGGCAUCCACAGACGCACCAGCACCAGCACCGACAGUCGAAUCGCAAGCCACGAACCCUCUGACCUCGAAAUUCACCGGGGCCGAGAGGAAAGCUGUUGACGAACUGAGAACCCGUCUCCCCCUUCUACUAGGUGAAGCGUACCCCGACAAGUCGGAUGCAAGUAGUGCGCCAUUCGAGAUCUGGGGGCUGAACUUAUAUCCCGAGCGGGUGGACGAUGCGAGACUUGAUGUAGUUUUGGUCAAGUUUUUGAGAGCCAGAGCCCUAGAUAUAGACGAGGCAGGUAAAAUGCUCGUUGCGACGCUCAAGUGGCGGGCCGAGUUCCGAGCUGCUGACACAAUUAACGAACAAUUUGACGAGAAUGUAUUUGGAAAGUUGGGUUAUGUACACGGGAAGGAUAAGGAAGGACGACCGGUAACGUACAACGUAUAUGGUGGGGACCAAGACUUAAAGGCCAUUUUUGGAGAUACCGAGCGGUUCUUGAGGUGGAGGGUUGGAUUAAUGGAGCGUGGCUUGCGAGAGAUUGAUUUUGUAAACGUAGAUUCAAUGGUACAGGUUCACGAUUAUGCUGGUGUGUCCAUGACUUCUCGCGACGCAAACUCGAAGAAGGCGGCGGCCGACGCAUCCAAGUUAUUCCAAGAUUAUUAUCCUGAACUCCUGGCUGCCAAAUUCUUUGUCAACGUUCCAGCGAUCUUAAAUUGGAUCUUCUGGUUGUUCAAGCCGCUCGUAUCGGCACAGACGUUGGCCAAGAUGAAAGUGGUCGGAACUGGUCCUCAGACGAUUGGGAAAGAGAUGCUACCGCUCGUCGCAGCCGAUCAACUGCCGACUCAGUAUGGUGGACAAUCGACCCUGGGUGGCGCCUGA